AUGAUAUGCUCACUAGCUCCUGGAUUAAGAAACUCCAUUGAGAAAGCACUGAAUCUGAUAAGUGUCAAGCCUUGUUUUGUUAGUUCGCUAUCUCAGGCCCAUGAAAACGGAAUAGUGGUAUUUGGGUUUCCUCCUUUGAAUUGGCCUUCCAUUUUUGUAAUAUUUGGUUAUUGUAUCCUUCUUCUUUUCAAGUUUAAUACUAAUGUGUCAGCUCCUUAUCAGACUCAUAUAUUAAACUGUAUUCAUGAACUCAAAGCUAAAGUUAGGUGGGAUCCAAGCAACACAUUUCAUAUUCCAUUUGAUGUCAUAAAAACAAAAACAGUUACCACAAUGCUUGGUUCCCCUGAACUUCAAGAAACCGUUAAGAAGUUCCUGAUGAGCAACAUCAAUCAUUCAGACUCACAAGUUUGUAAUUUCUGCAAAUAUUUGAGUAUCAUUUUACCCUAG